AUGCCUAAACUACAUAAGAAUACCGUCAAAUCAGGAGCAAGAAAAUUAUUUAAACGCGUUAAAAUGAAUUUUCCAAUAAAAAAGGAAAAUAAAAAACAGUCAAACAAAGAAGAUUGCUUAGACCUUUCCAAAGAAGCAAAAAGCAUGGCAGAAAAGAUUUUUGGAGAUGUGAGCAAAACAUCUGCUACUAAACAAAUUAUUAUUGGCACAACAUCAGGAUGGCUGACUGGCUUUAUCACCAUGAAAGUUGGGAAAAUGGCUGCAUUUGCACUUGGUGGUGGAAUAAUAAUGUUGCAAAUAGCAGCUCAUCAAGGUUACAUCAAAGUUAACUGGGAUAAAAUUCAAAAGAAAGCAGAGAAAAUUACAGAUACAGUAGAAGAGAAAGUAACUGGCGAAGGAUCCAAAUUUCUUGAUAAGGUCGAGAGAUAUGUUGAUAAAAAGCUAGAUAAAGCUGAACAAUUGUUGAAAAAUGGUGAAUCUCGUACGCGACGUUGGUACCACUCUAUAACUGGUGAUACCUCAUUUCAAGCUACAGAAUUACACUUUUUCUUUGCUUCUUUUAUAGCUGGUUUAGCACUUGGAAUUGCAACUGGCAAUUAAAUUGAAGUAUGCUAUACUUUAAAUAUAUAUAAAAAAUCUGGUGCUUAUUAUGAAAACAAAAUUUCACAAAAAUGA